UGUAUAGAUUCUGUAAAUGCACACAGAGCUGCUAGAAAUUGCUUGAGUUAGAAUACAUUGACCAGCUCCGACUCCCACAAUCAGAUGUAUCAGUUGGACAAAGUAUGAGACCUCCAUUAUUAUCAAUGCUGCUUGAGUUAGAGCAAACAUAACUACUACUGCCUGAGCAAUAACCAGAGAAAUCCCAGGAGUUUCAUCAUUCUCCGGAGCCAGGAUUAUCAGUGUUGCUUGUAGUUCACCAUCUUUGACUACUAGAGUCUACACAACUUCUGCAUGUUGAUGGACUCGAAGAUAGAAGGUUCCUAUCGAGUCUCGUAAUCGUUGCUAAACAAGAGCUAGCCAUUGCUAAUAAAACCAAGGUUUUG